UUUUUUUCUUGAACGUGUCCGAAAAGUCUCGACCACUUCUUUCUUUGACAACUGUUUGUUGUUGAUUGGCUGAAAUUUUUUCAGUGGAAAAUGGAAAUCGCUCGGGUACGUUCUGUCUAGUACAGUACAUGAUCGUAAUUUUUAUGUUAAAACAAUCAGUAUUAAGAGUAUUUCAUAGUUAAAGAGCAUGAUGGCUAUGAUUAAUUAUAAAAUAUUUUUACUGAGUGCCUUGCUGGUGUUAGUUGGGACAACUGUUAUCGUAAAGGCAGAAAGUGAAGAUGCUGAUGAUGGAGUCAUUGUAGAGACUGAAGAAGAUGAAAAGUAUAUUAGCCCACAGGUUAACCCAAAAAAAGUUUACCUUGCCGAACACUUUGAUGAUGAAGCAGCAUUCAAAAAGAAAUGGGUGAAGUCUGAGGCUAAGAAACAGGGUGUUGAUGAGAAUAUAGCUAAAUAUGAUGGAAGAUGGGAAAUUCAAGCACCAAUAAAGAAGAUACUCAAAGAUGAUCUUGGGUUAGUGCUUACAACAGAAGCUAAACAUGCAGCCAUUUCCGCACUGCUGGACAGACCUUUUCAGUUUACAGAUAAACCACUGAUAGUUCAGUAUGAAGUUACUAUGCAGGAAGGACAGAACUGCGGUGGUGCAUAUAUCAAGUUAUUGUCAUAUGGUAGCAAUACGAAGGCUGACCUUCGCAAGUUCCACGACCAGACUCCAUACACUAUCAUGUUUGGCCCUGACAAAUGUGGCAAUGACAACAAAUUACAUUUCAUCUUCAGACACAAAAAUCCCAUCAAUGGCACAAUUGAGGAGAAGCAUAGCAAAAAGCCCAGUCAGCGAUUAGAAGAUAUUUACAAGGACAAAGAACCUCAUUUGUACACACUGAUUGUAAGACCUGACAAUACAUUUAGUGUGCUCAUAGACGAUAAAGAAGUUAAUGCCGGGUCACUGUUGGAAGAUUUUACCCCGCCCGUUAACCCUCCUGAGGAGAUUGAUGAUCCUAAUGAUAAGAAACCAGAAGAUUGGGAUGAGAGAGAAAAGAUAGUGGAUCCGACAGCAACGAAACCGGAAGAUUGGGAUGAAGAUGCCCCUGCGCAGAUCGUCGAUCCUAACGCUGUCAAACCUGAUGGUUGGCUAGAUGACGAGCCUGAGAUGAUACCCGAUCCGGAGGCGCGGAAGCCGUCUGACUGGGACGAGGAGAUGGACGGUGAAUGGGAACCGCCUCUUAUAGAUAACCCGCGUUGUGCUAGCGCUCCUGGCUGCGGUACAUGGACGCCGCCCGUGCUGCCCAACCCCAACUACAAGGGCAAGUGGCGUGCACCGUUGAUUCCGAAUCCGGAGUACAAGGGCAAGUGGUCGCCGCGUCGUAUCCCCAACCCGCACUACUUCCGGGACAACGAGCCUUUCCGCAUGACACCCGUACACGCAGUGGGUUUCGAGUUGUGGUCGAUGUCGCCACGAUUGUUGUUUGACAACUUACUAGUGACUGAUGACAUCGACGUUGCGGCCACGUGGGCGCGACAAACCUUCCAUCUGAAGCGAGCCAAGAUUGCCAAGGACUCGGACUCUGUGGUGGAGCGUGCUUUGAAAUAUGCGGGCGAGAACCCGUGGGUGUAUGCGGUGGUCAUUUUGGGGGCAUUCCUGUUUGUUGGUUUCAUCGCCUAUCUUUGCUGCGCAUCGAAAUCUGAGCCGGAGGUGCUGGCCAAAAAGACUGAUGCAGUGACGGAAGACGAUCCUCAUUCCGACGGAGAACCUGAAGAACCCGAGCAGGAUCCCGAGCAGGAGCCUGAACAGGAACCCGAUCAGGAACCUGACCAGAGCACUACUGAAGAGACGGCGCCUCUAGUCGAUACAGAAGGAGCAGGCGACGGGCAGAAGAAACGGAAGCCGCGUAAGGAGUAAGAGAGGAGGCAAUAAGUGUGACUGAAACGGAUGCAUUUAAGUCGAUGCUGCGGUGUAUGUGUGCGCGUCUGUGGUAGGUUGUAGAAGUGAUUAUUAUUCUGUUCUAUUGUUUGGUCCACUAUGUAAUCGGUAUAAUAUUACUGUGUGAAUAUCGAAACAGCCAUUAUUUUUUUAAUGGUUUCAGAAGUAAAUUGUUGUAAUAAUUAUGUAUGAAUUGGGUUGCGUUUUACUGUGGAGUACUGAUUAAUGCUUUGUUUUUUGUAAUGUAAUUUUUUAUCGAUGUACGAGUCUCUCUUUUAUGCGAGAACGUGCCUUGAAGAAGAUAAAAGUAAAACGAGUAAUUGGACCUUAUUUUCUUACUAUAGAUAGUUCAGUUAAAAUAUAGUCUGGUGGAGUCGAGGUUCUGUAUGAAAAUAUAUCAACUGAUGUAAUAUAAUUCUAUUGUGUUUUUACAGCUAAUAUUGUCUGUAAUUAUAUUAUACUUAUAUGAUAUGAACUAGUUUAACAAAGAAUUGUUAACUACUUUUUUCUUCUUAUAUAAAGUUUCAACGCAAUGAGUAUAAAUAAGUAUGACGUUUACUCAUAAUGAAAGAUGCAAUAAGUCACUGUUGUGUGUAAUACUUUGUCCAUUUUGACAUUGUUGAAUCAUAACUUGGUAGCUAGCCGAUCCAAAACCAGGUGCCGCUAGUGCUAUGAAGUUAGUUAUAUACAAAGAAACAAGUAUGCUUUAGGCUGUCUUCAGACGAGGGUCAAACAAGACACGAUCCUCGACUUGCAUGCUUUUCCUUAUUUGUUUCAAUCUCAUUUCGUGUCAAAAAGUGACUAAGUACUUUUGUCUACGGAUUUUCAACGUCAAAGUCUACUAAUAAAUAAUAAUUUAAAAUGGCAAUUCACUGGAUUUUCUAAGAAAAAAGUUUUGAAUUUACAAGAAGUACAGUCGCAGCACGUCAGGUUAUAAAAAUCGGUCAAAUUUCUUCACUUGAUUUUAAGCUUUAAGAGAUUGUAAGUAAAGUUCAAAAUCAAUUGAGGAUUGUGUACAUUUUUAAUAAUUUACCAGUUUUAUCAUCCCCUUUCACCUCAUAGCAUUUGAAUUGAAGUUAAUUGAAAUUGAAGACCUCAUUGCCAAAGAGCUAUUGCGGUUAAAAUUAAGCAAAUGAACAAAAUUGAAGUGUGUUGCGAAUUGUUUUAAUUAUUUAAGAGUAUUCAUAUCGUGAGCCGGUUGUGUUGAGUUAUAAUUGAUUUUCGUAAAUUUUAAGCCAUUGAUUUUAAUUGUGUGUUGGGUUGACAUUUCAAUUGUUUGGUUUGUGUCGAUGAUUGACUAUCGCCAUUCGCCAUUUUUAUAAAAUAUUUACUUAACGAUUUAUAUAAAAUGUUUUGUGUUAUCUUUCUAAUUAUUAAAAUCAGUUUUCGUAAUAUGUCAUAGGGGUUACAAUCGUGAAAAGGAUUGGAAUCAUUGAUAUAAAUAAACUAAUAUCU